GCCGCCAUUCUCACAAAUAGAAAAGAAUAUCAUUUUUGUCAUUUAAAACCCCAGAGCUUUGAUCGGCGAUCCCAGUUUCUUGAGGCAGGUGGUUCGGUCCUGUUUUAUCUAAUUAUGCACAUUUUCAGAUGCCGAAACAUCUUUCUACUCAAGAAUUCGUUGAUUCCAGCUUUCUUACCUGCAAAGCAAUCAGCAACUGCUGCUACAACCCAUGUCGGUUUAUUUCAUUCCACGCCUUUUACCUGUGAAAAUCUGAAGAGAAAAUGGAAUUCUGAUAAAAGAAGCACUCAACAGCCAACUAAGAGUGAAGAAAGAUAUGCAGUACGUCAAAAGCGUGCCGAAACAAAGAGAGCUUUGAAAGACUUUGUUUUGAGUGGUCGUUUCUCACGUAUUUCAUGUCAGGAUGAAGGUCCAAUAAGGAAAUUUGAUGCAAAAGAAGGCCAGGAUUCAGAUGUCUCUGUUAAGAAGAAUCGGUCGAGGUUUUCUGGACGACAUGCUGCAAAAUCUAACCGUAGAAAAAGUAAACGAAGGUUUAGAAGACAGAGUUUCUCGGAGGACUUUGAUAAUCCCGAGACAAUUUUUGAAGCUGCAUUUGGGAACAAGUGGUAUACUUGGUCUUUUAGGGCUGAUUUUACUUUCCGAAAUUCGGAGUUUGGAUUUGAGUGGAGAGAAAAAUGGGACAGGACUAAUCAAAGAACAGAAGAGCAGGAGAUUCCUAGUGAAAGUGAGUCUGAGGAUGAGUCAUAUGCUGUAGGAUCAUGUUCUGAUAGAGUGAUCCUUGGGCUACCUCUAACUUGCCGCUUAAAGCUAGAAGAUGUUAAAAAGGCCUUCCGCUUAUCAGCUUUAAAGUGGCAUCCUGAUAAACAUCAAGGCCCUUCGCAGGCAAUGGCUGAAGAGAAAUUUAAAACAUGUGCUGCUGCAUACAAAUCAUUAUGUCAUGCUUUAGCCUGAGAUUACUGGUGUUCCUUAAAAUUUAAGCUCCAAGUGGAAUAUAGCUACAACAAUUAUGGAUUAUUUUAUUU